GGGGAACCGUGCGCCCGGGCUGCGCGCAGGCAGGGACCGACCCGCCGCUGCAGCGAGGUGGUGGCAGCGGGAUGCUGCGCUGGCUGAUCGGGGGCGGCCGAGAGCCGCAGGGUCUGGCGGAGAAAUCAUCUGUGCAGACCAUUGGUGAAGAACAAGUACAGAAUCCUUACACGGAGCUCCUUGUGUUGAAAGGUCAUCAAGAUAUAGUACGUUUUCUUGUACAAAUAGAUGACUACAGGUUUGCAUCUGCAGGAGAUGAUGGAAUCAUUUUUCUGUGGAAUGCUCAGACUGGAGAGAAGCUUUUUGAACUUCAUGGUCACACACACAAGAUUACAGCUAUAGCACCAUUUUUUUCAUCAGAUGCUUCUGAAGAAAACAGUCAUUUGAUUUUAACAGCAUCAGCUGAUAGAGCAGUUAUUGUUUGGGACUGUACUACUGGCAGACAGGUGCAAAAAGUAUCAUGUUUCCAUUCUACUGUAAAGUGUUUGACAGUCCUUCAAAGACUGGAUGUAUGGUUGUCUGGAGGGAGUGAUCUAUGUGUUUGGAACCGAAAAUUAGAUCUCUUGUGUAAGACCAGUCAUCUUACUGAUGCAGGUAUUAGUGCUUUGGUUGAAUUGCCUAAAAAUUGUGUUGCGGCUGCUGUUGGCAAAGAGCUAAUCAUUUUUAGGUUGAUUGCUUCCAGUGAUAAGUCUGAAGGUUGGAAUAUCCUUGAAGUAAAACGCCUUGUUGAUCAUCAAGAUAACAUCUUGUCAUUGGUCAGUGUCAAUGAUUUGACUUUUGCAACAGGUUCUCAUGUUGGUGAGUUAAUAGUCUGGGAUGCACUUGACUGGACAAAGCAGGCAUCUGAGUGCAACUUCUGGGACUCUUCUGUCCAACCAGAUACACGGACAGAAAUAAAAUUAUCCCAAAGUCCAAAUGAAACUUCAGUUCAACACUUAGCAUCUGAUGAGGAGAAUGUGUAUGCUGCAGUUGGGAAAGGCAUAUACGUAUAUAAUCUUCAAAUGAAGCGUGUGAUUGCCUGCCAGAGAACUGCUCAUGACUCCUCUGUACUGCACAUUGAGAUGCUUCCAAACAGGCAGUUGAUAUCCUGUUCAGAAGAUGGCAGUGUACGCAUUUGGGAGAUCCGAGAAAAGCAGCAGCUGCCAACUGAACCAGUUCCAACAGGGUUCUUCAACAUGUGGGGAUUUGGAAGGGCAAACAAGCAGGCAAACCAAGCUAAGAAGGUGCAGGAGAAUACACCUAUGCAUUUUUUGGAGCUAGUUGGUGAUCUGAUUGGUCAUUCAUCAGCUGUACAGAUGUUCCUGUACUUCAGUGAACUGGGACUGGUUACAUGCUCUGCAGACCAUCUUGUUAUAUUGUGGAAGGAUGGUGAACGAGAAUCUAGACUCCGCAGUUUAACGUUAUUUCAGAAACUGGCACAAAAUGGUGAUUUGCAACUAAAAUUUUAAAUUGCUUGAAUACAGGCUAAAUAUACAUAACUGGAUAUACAUUAAAUGUGAAUGUGAAGGAAAGUCUGAGCUACUAGGAAUGUGACUUAUCAAUAAGGUUUACACUUAAUGUAAUGUGUUAUGUUGUAAUUUUUAUGGCAGUUCUUCUCAAAGGAGAGUUUUGUAUGUUGAAGCUUAUUUGGCUUACUGUGUCAGCAGAAACUGUUGCCUUAAAUGACUGAAGAUAGUGAUGACUCAUUAAAUAGUUUCUGUUGUUAUUCCUAGUGUUUAAAAAAAACAACCACCAUGAGUGAAUAGCAAAAUUAAGAGUUGUUAAAAUGAUUAGUUAGAUCAUAACUAAAGCAGCUGUAUUAUGUGAGUUAUGUGUCCACAGUGUUUUGUGUGGAAAAGAGGCACAGGAAAAAAAAUGAGGGGCUUCCUGCUUUACAUAAUUUAUUUCUUACAGCUGAAGUCUGAAAAACUUUAGUCAGUGAUAGCUCAGAUCUAUGUAUUUACAAAGAAAAAAGUUCUCAGAGUUUUUGCACUUGAUGUUACAAUAAGGGUAGGAAGAAGAAAGAAAAGUAGGCAGUACCAAUUUGUCAGGUUUUAAUUUUUUUAGCAAAGUAAAUUAUUGGCACAGAAAUACUUCUGUCUUGCAACAACUGCUGUUUUACUGUGAAUUAACCUACACUGGAAUUUAUAUAACGCCACUAUGAUGUCUAGCAUGAAGUGUGAUUUAUUCAAAUUAGUCAUUACAUAGUGUACUCAUUGCGUUCAUUUGUCUGUCAUGAAGGUGCUGUCCUUAUUGUGGAUUUUCAGGUUAUAAAAUAUUUUCAUAACCAGUAGUAAUUGAUCUGUUCUGCCAGCUGAGCACUGAGUUGUCAAAUAAAAUUUGACUGCGAAGAAAUUUACACUAUGUAUGUAAGCCCAAAUAGUAUUUUAGAGUUUAAAAAUGUAAGGCCUUCAAGUACACAGUGCCUUUUUCAAGUCUGAGAAAGAAGCAGUAAUCUGCAAAGCUGAACAGAUUUAAAAGCAAACAAAAUUAAAAAAAAAGAAAAAGAAAAAGGAAAAAAAAAGGGCUGGGGAAAAAAAACCAACCAACCAGCCAAAAAACUUCUCAAUCCCCCAAAAUCCUAGGGGAUUAACUAUGUUAAAUCCAGAACAGUUGUUUAUAAUCAUCAUGAGAUGGGAAAUAGGGAAGAGAAUUAUCAAAAAUCAAUAGAAAGGAAGUUAAAAGGAGGAUGGAUUACCAUCGUUUUACUGUUACUUCUAGAACAGAGAGGACCUAAGGUUAAGAAGACUUGAGGAAUUUAAAACAGGGCUCCAUUGUCCUCAGUUCUGCUCCUCAGACCCAGCACUCAAAACAGCUCAGGCUAAGUCUUGUGGAACUUUCCAAUGCCAUCACUUUCUUUUGGAUCAGUGAGUUAACUGUUUUCAGUACUGUAGACUCCAGUGGUUUAAUUCCAGAUUUGAGUCCAGCAGCUGCUGGACAUGUGGUUAAAACAAGGAGCUAAGUGGAUCCUGACCAGAGCAAAAGCAAAAGGAGGCACUCCAACUUCCUAGGAAGAACUGAAGAGCUGGGGGAAUUUGCUUCCCCCAGCUCCCAUGUAUACAUGAAUUUUCCAUAACACCCAAAAGACAAACAUUGCCUCUUGAGCCUGAACAUAAUUAUCCCUGGAACAGUAACAUUUUAGGCUGUAUUUUUCUCUGCUCUUGUGAGUUUGUUGAAUUUCGAAAACCAAAUGGCAUUAAAAAACAACAACAACAAAAGAAAAUGGAGAAAUUAAUUAACGUUUCCCUUUAUAUUCAUUCAGGAAAGUGAAGUCAGCUUUAAAUCUUGAACUGCAUGUUCUUUUCUCAAGAUGGCUAUACUAUGCUAGGGAAAGAGAUUGGAUUACAGCUGGCUGUAGCAUGCCUUUGGUAUGUGUUACUACACAUGCAAGGAGGAAGGCGUGUUAAUCUCAUCUGCUUGUUAGUCUCUAUCUAAUGCAUUGUUUCAGGUAGUAUUCAUCAGCAAGUGCUGCAUUCUGUCCCACUGAGGUACAAAGGUACAAAGUGGGAGAGAAAGUUCCUCUUUGGCUCCUUUUCCUCAUUUAAAUUGGAAAAAAAAGUUUUAGUUCAUUAAAUAGGUGUAUAUUUGUUGUUAUUAAAAGUUUACAUUGAAAGCUCA